CGUCGUUGGGCACGGCGAACUCGAGGUUGCACGCAACCCCCACGCGUCUUUGCUCCGUCCUAUGCUGCGCAAGCCCCUGGAUUCCCCCAAUCUUGCGUCUUGACCACAUUCUGCAGUCAGAUCCCUGACACCAUCUUGACCGAGCAUUUGGUUGGAGACCGGACGCACCAGGCAACCGCAAGGCUCUCGAGGGGACAGCGAUGGACGACGAACAUCGUCGGGAUGAUGGAGUGGAGAGUCGGAGAAAUAGGCUGCCGUCCUUCACAGAGGUGCUGUCGCGACGGACGCGACCGCCUGUGGACCUCUUCAUGUUUUAUUUAUUCUUGCAGCGGGAAGGCGCAGAAGACGUCCUCGACUUCUGGCUGGACGUGCAGCAGCACGAGAACUUGUGUCGCGCGUAUUUCAAGGACGUGCGCAAGUCGGGGCGAACGAUCAAGGAGGACUGGCCCGAGUACUGGGACUACGCUCGCAGGCGCGGUUCGAUCUACGGCACCGUAGUGGGUAUGAACCCGCACAUGGGCACCAAACGUAGCACGGCGAGCACCCAAGACCUCAUGUCGGACCAGGACAGGCAGAACCUAGCAACGGUGGACAACGAGAAGGCUGGACGGAGCCCGAGCCCUCGCAUCAUGUCGACUUCGCCCGGGACGCACACGGCGGUCGCGUCGGAGCCGCCGCGCUCGACGACGCCGUUCUCGCUCUCGGGGCGGACACCGACGCUGUUCAACAUGCGCCGCGCGUCGCGGGCACCGACGAUCAUCCCACGCUCGGCCGCCAUCACGCGCCUCGACCUCAUCGCGUCCGCAGAGCGGAUCUACUUCCGCUACCUGUCGCCCGCGGGGACGGUGGGCUCGACGGAGAACCACGAGAUCUACCUGCCGCCCGCGCUGCGGGUCCACACUUUCCCGCUCAACAGCAACCACGAGCCGAAGACGGCGAACGAGAUGAGCCUGAUGGCGCAAAUCCCCGACAUGUUCCACGCGCAAAAGGAAUACUGUUUCCGCGCGAUGGAGCAGGACGCGUUUCCGCGAUUCCUGCGCGCGAAGGCGUUCGGGAACCUCACGCCCGUGUCCGCGCUCGUGCGGCUCAUCGUCGGGCUCAUCGUCCUCUGGGUCGGACUCGCCGUCGGCUUUUCUCUCAUAUUCCUGGACGUGCAGCCCAAGUCGAAGCGUUUCUUCCUUUUCCUCCCAUAUGCCGUCGCCAUUCUCUUCCUCGUUUCACACCAGUACGAAUUGGACCCCAUCCUUGUCUUCUUGGGACAAUCUGAGUCCACCCCUUUCCGCACGCUCCGCAUUCGCGAGCCGUACGUGAAGAAGCUUUUGGUCGGGCGGGCGCUGUGGGUCUCCACGCUCGUCGCGGCCUGCACGGUGGCCCUGACCAUGAUAUUCUGGGCUGUGCCGGGCCACCGCCUGUAGCUGUUGUUAUGUACGUUCACGACUAUCAUGCACUGUGGGAACGUUGUAGGAGCUUGGGAUUAUGGGACACGACUUUCGCUAUUUCUAAUCCUUAAUUCGGUUUUACCUUCUGGUGCUACUACUUUGACAUCCAUGAUACAGUAUACCCUUGGUGAUAUUCCCAAUCAACUCGCUGUCGCUCAUUUUGUUGCCCGAACUUGCCAUUCUUACAACCAUGCAUAUACCUCGAUUUAUGCCCGUGUUCGGCGGCUGCAUGCUUGCGGGAUCUGGUUAAUCCGACGUUCCUAAUCAAAUCCGAGC